AUAAUAAAACGUCAACAAAACCAAAACCCAAAAGUUGCGGGUCGUUUUUAUUUGAUAAUUUAAACAAAUUAUACAAUUUCACCUAAAAAUGGAUUCAAAUGAUAUCACGGACGAUAAAGACAGCGGACCGGAGGUCCAGAUAAACUUUCCCAGCUCCGUGAUGAGCCGCAUCGAGGAACUUAUGGGAGGGACAGAGCAGUUCGACAAUGACGAGUUUGACGCAGUAUCCUACAUCAACCACGUGUUCCCCACGGAGCAGUCCCUGGCAGGCGUGGAGAGUGCGGUCGCUCGCUGUGAGUUCCGGCUGGCGGGCGUGGAACUCGAUAUCCGGCGGCUCGUGCGCGCGCAGCCCCAGCAGCGGGAGGAGGGACAGAAGGCGCUGCUGCAUGCUCAGCAGUGCAUCGCUGAGCUGGCGUUACAGGUAGCAGACAUAAACAAGAAAGCGGAACGAAGCGAGAGCAUGGUCCGCGAGAUCACCUCGGAGAUCAAGCAGCUGGAUUGCGCCAAGUCCAACCUCACUGCGGCCAUCACCGCUCUGAAUCAUCUCCAUAUGUUAGUGGGCGGAGUGGACUCUCUCAAUGCUAUGACUAACGCCAGGCAGUACAAGGAGGUGGUUCUGCCCAUGCAGGCUAUCAUGGAGGUGCUGCAACAUUUCUCCUGCUACGACGAGAUCGAGCCUCUGAACGCCCUCCGCGAGCAGGUCCACCACACGCGCUCGCAGCUCGCCCAGCAGAUACUGGACGACUUCAAGCAGGCCUUCACUGGCAGCAAGAGCGCGGUGCCGGCGCGCACGCUGCGCGAGGCGAGCGCGGCCGUGGACGGGCUGGAGCCGCGCGUGCGCCGCCAGCUGCUGGGCUGGCUCGUGGCGCUGCAGCUGCAGGAGUACGCCCACCUGUUCUCGCCGGAACAGGAAGUGGCGUGGGUUUCUCACAUCGAGAAACGGUUCACGUGGCUGAAGAAGCACCUGCUGGCCUUCGAGGACUCCCUCGGGAACAUGUUCCCGCCGCACUGGAAGGUCAGCGAGAAGAUCGCCAUGCAGUUCUGUAAGACAACCCGCGAGGAGCUGGGCGCGCUGCUGGCGGCGCGGCGCGGCGAGCUGGACGUGAAGCUGCUGCUGCCCGCCAUCCAGAAGACGGCCGCGUUCGAGGCGCUGCUGCACAAGCGGUUCUCCGCCGCCGACGAAUCGGGUACUGACAUUGAUGUUAGCUUGGACCCCGCGGCGGACAACAAGAACUUUGACAUUGAAGGCAAAGAGGUGGGUAUCAGUGAUCCGGAGUCUGCGCUUGCGCAGUCCCCGUGGCGCGGCGCGAUCGGCGCCUGCUUCGAGCCGUACCUCUCGCUGUACAUCACGUCGCUCGACCACAGCCUGCGCACCUUCAUGGACCAUCUGCAGGAGCCGCCGCCGGCGGAGGGCGGGGCGGUGGGCGGCGCGGGUGGGGGCGGCGUGCUGUCGUCGUGCGCGGACCUGUUCCUGUUCUACAAGCGCUGCCUCGUGCAGUGCGCGCGCCUCUCCACCGCCGAGCCCAUGCUGGAACUUUCCGGCGUGUUCGCGAAAUACCUCCGAGAAUACUCGGUGUCGGUGCUGUCAGCAUCUCUCCCGCGGGCCACUCCCAGCACCAGCCUCGUGGGGAACCUGCAGACCUUACUCAAGGAGUAUGACAACCACCCCAGGUACACUCCCCAAGAGCUGGGCAAGAUAACGAGCGUGAUCACAACCGCGGAGUACUGCCUGGAGACCACGCUGCACCUGCAGCAGAAGCUGAAGGAGAAGGUGGUGCCGAGACUGAAGGACAAGAUUGAUCUGACGCCGGAACAGGACCUGUUCCAGGCGCUGAUCGCGGACUGCAUCCAGCUGCUGGUGCGGGACGUGGAGGCGGGCUGCGCGGCCGCGCUGGGCGCCAUGGCGCGGGCGGGCUGGCAGCACGUGCGCGCCGUGGCCGACCAGAGCGGCUACGUGGGCCACAUCGCGCAGCUGCUGCGCCACACCGUGCCGCUGCUGCGCGACAACCUGGCUUCCUCCAGGAAGUACUUCACGCAGUUCUGCAUACGAUUCGCCAACUCUUUCAUACCCAAGUUCAUACAGAACAUUUACAAGUGCAAGCCGAUAUCGACCGCGGGCACCGAGCAGCUGUUGUUGGACACGCACAUGCUGAAGACCGUGUUGCUGGAGAUGCCGUCGGUCGGCUCCGAGGUGAAGAGGCCUCCGCCGGCGACGUAUACCAAAGUGGUGAUCAAGUUGAUGACGAGGGCGGAAAUGGUGCUGAAACUGGUGAUGGCCCCGCUGGAGGGCGCCGGGGACGGGUUCGUGGCGCAGUUCCAGCAGCUGCUCCCGGACGGCACGCUGCAGGAGUUCAGGAAAGUGCUGGAUAUGAAGGGGGUGAAGAUGUCGAAGACUCAGGUCCAAGCUCUGGAGCUGCUGUUCAAGGAGGCCGCGAAGACUGCCAAUACGGAUGGGAAGUAAAUUGGGAAAGAUUUUCUCCCAGUGCGUAUUGCUUAUUUACGAAAGUAAAAGAUCUAAUGCAGGCAACUAUAAGUGCAAUCUAAACGGCUAUGUAUUAAAUCAAUACAUUUUAGAAUCAGUGACACGACUAAAGAAAAAUCAUGUGUUCCCAGUUGGAUUUGGGGCCCCUGGCUGGAAUAGUUAUAAAAAAUAUUGUUUGUUUGUAUGUAAUAUUAUUAUUUGUAUAUAAUGAAAAAAGUUGUAAAUAUGGAUAUUUUUGUGCAAUAAACUUAUUAAUCUUAAAAUAGCCAACAAACUCAUAGUUAUUAUUAAAAAGAAUGAAAUAAUGUUAGUUUCGUAUUACUCCAAUUUAACUUUGAACUGACUCAUAAGUUUACAAUUUAAUGCAUUAUAAGGGUCAGUUCAGAAAAAUAAAAAACUACUAGCGUUUGUUCAAGCAAGUCUUCUAAGUUCAAGUCUACACUGAGAUUCAUUUUCUUCUUUAUUUAUUUAGAUUGCCACAUAAAUGCACGCAUUAUUUUCAUGCCCUGUCAGAAUUGAAUGUAGCUUUAGAAUAAUUCAAAAGUUAUUGAAAUAAAGGCGUAUAAAGAGCUUAUUUUUAUUUGUAUGUGUAUUAGUGAAUUACGUUUUGACGUGUAUUGUAUAAAAUAGACUGAAUAUAUUUAUAUCAUGCGAAAUAAGAGUAUUAUAAAUAUA